AAAAGGAAAAAAAGCGGGCUGAGCAGAUUCUUACAAGUGGGAAGUACAACAUUAUUGUUCUAUAUACUGGAAGCCUUACUUAAUUAUAUAUAUAAACGUGCCGAGUGUGUCAUCUUUUCGUGCGGGAAAAAAAAAGGAAAAAAACUGCGCUGUGACGACUUUUACGAGUGAAGUACUACAUUGCUCUUGAUACUGGCAGACUUACCUAUAUAAUGGACAAUUUACGGUUUCACCCAACCAACGAUUUUCUUACGUGGUUCAUGUUUUCUGGUGAUAGAUGUAGUGAAUUGCACGAUUUUGUACGUCAUUUCCGUAGCAAAUGUCUACUUUUCGAGUUAUGCCUCUUUUCAAGUUAUGCCUAUCCCCUGCUCUCAAAGAUUAGUAAGCCCGUGCUGAUUCUCUGAGCGCCAAAAAAACACGUGCUGUGCCAUAUUGUAAGAGAUAUAUUUUUGUUCCUUGGAAGACUGAAUGUAAUAUAGUGUCACCUUAAUUUUCAAUCGAUGAAGUGUAAGGAAACUGUACGUACGUACGUAUGGAGCCAACGUACGUUAUGGACUGGGGUUAGUGCUGUUAUGACAUUUUGGUUAUACUUACUAAGUCCGUGUCACGUGCAAUAACGAAACUUACAUAUUAUGUAGGACACAAUGUGGCCUUGCCAUAUAUCUAAAAAUCUUUUUGGGGAUGAGUAUGAUAUAGUUGUAAUGGCGCCGAGGAAGGACGUGAAGGAGCCUUGCCAAGGAUGUAAGCACACUCCCGCAGGACACGCCCACCCUCGUAGGGACGCCGCGGCCACUGCAAGAGGUGUUUCGAUGCUUCAGUUAAGGAUUCGUCGUCCGCUAUGAGCACGGCGCCCAAGAAGAAGCGGGACUUCUUCAACGGGUCUCAGGGGCUGGACUUCCGGGACUUCAGCAGCCCCAGGCCCCAGGAGGCGCCGGAGGAGCCGAAGGUCCCCUUUGGCGCUCUGGCCGUGGACGGAAGGCACGCGGGGGACCUCUACCUUCCCGCCCCCCCCAUCGGGGCGGGCUUCCCCGCGUCGCCUGGGUUCGGGCACGCUCCGGCGGACUACUAUGCCCCAUGUCCCGACAGUCAUAGCCCCCCCGGCAGCUUCCACCGGCUAGGGGAGCCGGAGUGCUCUCCGCCCAACCCGCAAGGCUUCCACCUCCAGAGUCGGGGCCUCGAAUUUGGGGACUCCGACCCUCUCGAUGAGGCCCCAACCCCCUUACUUCACGGCGCAGGGGCCGAGCGCCCCCUGUGGCCUGCCCCCCCCAUGAACGUCCCUCCUGCCAGCAGCGGUGACGGCGACGGCGACGACGGGAAGAAGAAGGGGAAGAAGAGGAAGCAGAGGUGCCGCCUGUGUGCCAACCACAACCGCUACGUGGAGAUAAAGGGCCACAAGUGGUACUGUCCCUUCAAGAGCCCCGAGCACUCGUGCAGCAAGUGUGAGAUCACCCGCAAGCGGCAGUUCUUCAUGGCGGAGCAGCAGAAGCUGACGCGGGAGCAGCAGCAGCAGCACCACCACCUGCAGGGCGACGAGCUGGGGGGUCCGGUGGGGGCGGAGGGGGGCAGGCAGGCUGCUGUGCCCCCCAGGUACCCCGCCAAGCCCAGCGACUUCCCCCGCAUGCAGGAGCUGCUGGAGGAGACGAACAAUAUCCUGGACCCGGAGCUCUUCCGCCAGAUCGACGAGUGCGUGCGGCCCAAGGUCACCCACCACUGACUGGCUCCCGCCGCCCCUCCCCCCGGAACUCUCCCCACGCCGGCGAGGCCCCCUCCACGCGGCGCCCGCUCCCACCCCAACGCCCGCACUCCGGGCCCCGCGCCCCCGGCUGAUCUGGGUCACGGAGUGAGCGACACGCGGCAGUAGGCGGCACCUCAGCAGCAGCAGCAGCAGGAGCAGCGCGGUGUGGAGGCGCGGCGCGGGCUGGCGGCCACGGGGGCAGGCCACAGCGCUGGUGUGCUGCUGGGGCGCAGACUGGGGGUGAGUUGGGGGUCUUCGGGCACGGCCGGCCCGCCGCCGCCACCAGAGGUCCUCAGGGCCAGUCCUCCGCCCUCCGCAGCUGCCUUGGAGGAGGGCGGCGGCGGGGCGCAGCAUUGGGAUGGUGCUAGUGGUGAAGGACAGGGGGGGCGUUAGCUCUGGGACCCCCGGGGUGUAGCGGGGCACAGGCGGGGCUGUGCAAGAGGGGGCAGGAACGGGCGAUGAGGCUGUGAGGCGCGGCGGUGGAGGCGCUGCACCGCCGCCACGCUGUGAUAAUAAUAAUAAUGAUAACAAUAAUAAUAAUAUUAUUAAUAAUAAUUAUAAUAAUAAUGAUAAUAUUAGCAUAAUAACGAUAACAAUCUGGCCAUCAAUCUAUCCUUUUGGCUGCCUUCCGCGGCGCCACGCUGAGGUGUGUGAGUGUGUGUGUGUGUGUGUGUGUUGCGAGAAUGGCAACAGUGGCGGCUGUGAGUGCAGCUCUUCGGCGUUCUGUGCUUCUGUCUGAAUCUGUCAGUCUGUGUUCGUCCAUCCCUCAGUAUCUGUGUCUCUCUCUGUGUACAAGAACUAAUGGAUGCCUUCUCGCUGCCUUUGCUGAGAUUGGCCCUGAAAGCCUGUAGGUGAUGGUGAUAGUGAAUGUGAUAGUGGUGAUAGUGAUAGUGAAGGUGAUGAUUGUGAUAGUGAAGGUGAUGGUGGUGCAUGGCGGUAUUUGCGAGGGAUUCGAACACGUAGAUAAUAAUAGUAAACAGAAUACCGGUAGCCACCUUUGUAAUCGUGAUAAUAAUAAUAGUAAUAAUAAUGAUAACAAUGAUAAAAUAAUAAUAGUAAUAGUAAUACUAAUCUUUUUUUUUUUUUACAUACUCCGAAUCACUCGCUAUUUCUAUUUCAUUUGUGUGCAUUUAUGAGAGAGAGAGAGAGAGAGAGAGAGAGAGAGAGAGAGAGAGAGAGAGAGAGAGAGCGCUCGCGUGUGCAGGGAUGUUAUAAUAAUCAAGGAGCAAAGCAUAAACGAGAUUAAAUGAAACUCGUUUAAUAAAAAGGAAAGAAAAAAUAAUGAAAGGACGGGGAAGAAAGAAAAUGUGUGUGUGUGUGUGUGACUGCGAUAAAAAAGGACCAAUUAGUUUAAAAUUAAUAUUCUGAAUUAUGACUUGAAGGAUUAAAAAGAAGGUAGGAAGGGAAGUUUUUCGAGUGAUGAUGAUGGUGAUGGUGAUGAAGAUGGAGUUGGUAGUGGAGUUGUUGGUAGUGAGAAAAUGAUGAUGGAAAAGUGGUGUUGAAGAGAAAGUAAAAUGAUGAUGAUAAUGAUGGGGAAAGGAAAAGAAAGUGAAAGAUAAUGGAAAUAUAUUGUUAAGGGGAAUAUUAUAAUUUUAGUGAUGAUAAUGAUGGUGAUGAUAGUGGUGAAAGGAAUCAAGGCUGUGUUUUGUAGACUGUGAUAAUGGUGUUUUCUUACCUAUAGUGAUGGAGAUGGUGAUGAUAAUUUCUAUAAAAAAAAAGGUCGGUGUCACGAGAGCUGGCGGGGAUAAUCCUUCAGGGAUGGACUCGCGGACUUGCAUCAUUGCCUGGGUGACGUUCUCUGCGCCGCUCAUUGGCUGUUGUUUACUAGAUCUAACCUGCGGCAAAUUCCGUUUGCUAUUAUAUAACAGACUAUUAUCCCUCGCUUUCUGCUAACUUUGUAAAUUAGCAUUGUUAUAGCCUCUUCCAUUUAGCAUAACCUGUUUCUGGGUCGUGAUCUGUAGAGUCCCUUGAUAGAUAGAGUCCCGACAACCUAAGAUUUGGACGCCAUUAUUGGUCCUGUUUUCACCACGAGAGCGUGUGCUAGCGUUUGAAAAGCACGGCGAAAACAGGCCCAAUGAUGGCGUCCAAAUCUUAGGUAGUCGGGACUCUAUAAGGGACUCUACAGAUCACGACCCAAAAACAGGUUACGCUAAAUGGAAGACGCUAUUAGUCGCUGGAUAUUGUUCGUUUACGUGCAGCUCCGACUUAAAUUUGCUAUGAAUGUCGUUUCAGAUUUAUUCAUAAUAGUUCUAAAGGCACAUGUCUAUCAAAAAGAUAAUAUUGCAUUAGUUUAUAUCGGUGCAAUCUGUUACCUAUUCAAAAAAGGGUUUUGGUAGGAAUACGAAGUCAAUUUCAUGUGCAUUAGAACAAGUUAGGAAAUGGCCAAUGAGCGUGCAGUGCCAUCAUCCAAGUAAUGAUACCAAGUCCGCGAGUCCAUCCCUGAAGGAUUAGCCCGCCAGCUCUCGUGACACCGACUUUAGAUGUGAUGAUGGAGGUGAGGGUGUGGAGAUGGUCUGUUGGUGUCUGUAGUGCAAUGGUGGUGACGUGCGUUGUUAUUGUGGUGGCGGUGAUGAUGAUGGUGAAUGAUGUAGAUAGAGGAAUAUAGUGAAGAUGUUGAUAGGAAAAUAGUGAUGUUGAUAGGGAAAUAUAUCAUAGUAAUGGUAGUGUUUGUGAAAAUGACGUAUGUAGUAUUCUAAUGAUGAUGUAUUUUGUUCUUGUGAUGAUAAUGAUGGUGAUAAUGAUGAUGGUGAUGAUACUUGAAAGCUUGCCAGUCAUGUUUAAAUAAUAGACAAAUCAAUGUUACGUUUCAA